GUCGGCCAGUCAGUCCUCUAAUGGUUCCAAAAGAAAAUUUCUGAACAUUUUCUAAUCUUUGUUUUACCCGGAACUAGGGGUGAUUUUCUUCUAUCCAUCCUUAGGUUUUGAGUUCAUUUCUUUUGUUUUUUCUUUUUUAAUUCAAGAAUGGCGAAAUUGAGACAUUCUCGAUUGCAAGCGAAGAAAUUGUCGACAGUAACGCUUGUAUUAUCGAUGUUGUUUAUGUUAACGGUAGUUUUAUUGAUGCUUUUAGGACUAGGGAUUUUCUCUCUUCCCAUUAACGGCGAUGAUUCUCCGCCCAAUGAUCUUACUUCCUAUAGACGCAUGGCUUCCGAAAGAGGAAAAGGCUUGGGGAAAAGAGGGGAGCAGUGGACUGAAGUCCUUUCAUGGGAGCCUAGAGCUUUCCUUUAUCAUAAUUUCUUGUCCAGGGAAGAAUGUGAAUACCUGAUAAAUCUUGCUAAACCUUACAUGAAGAAGUCCACUGUUGUUGAUAGCAAAACAGGGCAAAGUAAAGAUAGCAGGGUGCGUACAAGUUCGGGUAUGUUUCUGAGAAGAGGGCAAGAUAAAAUCAUCAUGGACAUAGAAAAAAGGAUAGCCGACUACACUUUCAUACCUGUAGAGAAUGGAGAAGGUCUUCAAGUUCUCCACUAUGAAGUUGAACAGAAAUAUGAUGCACACUUUGAUUACUUCCUUGAUGAGAUCAACACUAAAAAUGGAGGCCAGCGGAUGGCUACUGUGCUUAUGUAUUUGUCAGAUGUUGAAGAAGGGGGUGAGACAAUAUUUCCAGCAGCCAAGGGAAAUGUUAGUGCUGUGCCUUGGUGGAAUGAAUUGUCAGAAUGUGGUAAAAAGGGUCUUGCUGUGAAACCUAAGAUGGGAGAUGCAUUGCUGUUCUGGAGCAUGAGGCCUGAUGCCACACUAGAUCCUUCAAGUUUGCACGGUGGAUGCCCUGUGAUUUCGGGGAACAAAUGGUCCUCAACGAAGUGGCUGCAUGUUGAAGAAUACAAGUUGUGAACUGCUAUAUAGAGGAUAACAGGGUACAUCAGUAUAUGUCAUAAUCGUACGGUGCUGAGAAAGUAUUGAGUGAUGUAACCCCUAUGUGAUGGGGGCAUUUGUAUCUUUGUUUCUCAUUUUUUUUUCUUAAACGCCGUUGGAAACUAUCGGCCAUUUUCACUAGUGAGAAAUACAAUUCAUAGAUUCGUUAGAAGAUAGGAACGUUGGUAGAAGGUGAAUGCACAAACAGCCGAUUGUAAAGUAAUGAAUAGAAAUGUAGUAACUUUUAAUUCCUUGGCGCUA